UCGGUGCAGCUCUAUCGACUCAAUUGUUGUUAAAUUAAAAUUGCAAAAACCAAAGGAAAUGACGACGGAAAAGGGCGAUCAACUGAGGCAACAGCUCAUCGCGGCGGUGGUAAAAAAGCGCGCGGCUUUAGCGCGGGCCCAUGCUGUUGUUGUGCGGCUUAUGGAGCCGGGAAUACCGGAGGGCGAGUUCCUGUCUCUGCUCUGGGAGAUUGGCCCGUCGAAUUACGACGAUGUGGUGGAUGAGCGGGAUAUAAACAAACUAUGCGGCUAUCCGCUAUGCUCCAAUCUUCUAGAGAAGGUCCCCAAGCAAAAGUACGCCAUUAGUGCGUCCAAAAACAAAGUUUACGAUCUAACAGAGCGCAAGAAAUUCUGUUCCGGACACUGUUUCAAGGCCUCCGAGUAUGUGAAGGCCCAGGUGCCCACAUCGCCGCUAUGGUUGCGGGACAGGGAGACGAGACCCAGCUUUCAGUUGCUGCCAAAAGGUAUUUGACUACCCUUACCUAGCACUCA